UCCAAGUAAAAAAAGAAUAUUUUUUGUGAAAGCGUAGCGCAUUUGUGACUACUGCGUCUAAUUAUAAUUUUGUUUGUAAAGAUAUUCACUAUUUAAUUAACAAAAGAUGUGCAUGAAUUCUUCAUUUUCAGGAAUACCUAAGUGAAGACUAAAUUGGUGGCAAAAUGGUGUCGACAAGGCAAAUGAGCAGUGUCGGAGGUGGCAAUGGGGGCAGCGAUGGUGCAGGUCCCUCUCACGCGGAGCCCGUGGCGGUGUCCCGCGUCACUCGUCAUUCCAGCGCCUUGAUGCCGGGAGGUUCCUCGCCGCACGCUAGUACCUCUAAAUGCACUUUAGUGCCGGCCCCCAAGACUCACACUACCAAUAUACUUGAUUUGCCAGUCGAAGUUAUUGAGAAGAUUAUUACCUAUCUGGGAUUCAAAAGUGUCUCACAUCUUAGAAUGGUUAAUCGGCAGUUCAAUUCAAUAUGUAGCAGUAUAUUAAACUCUACGUUUCAACGGUUACAAAAUCAGAUGUUACAUAGAUUUCAAUCAAUCAAAGCUAAGAUGCCACGUCGGGAGUCAGCUCGUAGAAGUCACCCGCUGGCAUGCGAGUCCGAUAUUAUUGAAACUUUGCAUAUGAGGCUGAGUCUCUUGCAGAUGACGUUUGGAAAGCAUAUUGAGAGAAAACACUGCUGUUUCUUCCCAGGAGAGAUAUUAGAUGAAGUAUACAGUAUUCUGUCAUACUUAAAAACCACGACAAAACUAGCAAGACCUUACAAGGUGACUGAUGAACUCUUUGAUUUGACAACAAUGGCCAUGGAAUACUUCAAAGAACACAUUGAACCCAACUUGCCAGAGAUAACAUACUUUGGUACAGAUUUCUUUGAUAUUACUACAGCAUUUUCACCUGGCGAGAGUAGUAAAUCGUACAUUUGUUUGGACUCGCCGCCGCCGAGUGGGUUCGAGUCGUCUUCGUCGCAGCAGGCCGGGGCCAGCGUGUCGGACCGCAGGGUGUCUUCGCUGAAUUUGUACUUGGAAGAGAGUCUGCCGCCCUCCCCGCCUCCGCCGCAGAGCAACAUGGUGCUACGGAAACGGAUACAUCGCAUUAAACAAGGAAUGAAAAAGUACAACGACCAGUUAUCAGCAUUGCGCAGUGAUCUUCGUAGUUGCAAACGCAAGACGGCUCUUCAACAGAAACAAAUUGCAGAACAACAGAAGCAGAUUGCUGAGCAGCAGAAACAGACCUUGGAGUAUGCUAACCGCCUUGAUGAUUACGAUAAGAAGAAUGAGGAAACAAGCCGCAAGUUUCAAACUUUAUUACAGGAGUUAAAUAAGUGCAAAACGGAGCUACAGUACUGGCGUUCCCGUUCCCCGGCCGUGCCGCCGCUCUGCGCCGAGUGCGGCGCGUCCCUACGUCUGUCGCCUGCCUCGUCACUAGCACAGUGGGCGGCCGGCACCAGCUCGGAGCCUACAGAGUGCGAGAUGGGCGCUGGCGACGCCGAGCCCGCGCCGCUGCCCAGCGCCGCGCCCGAGCCCACCACCGAGCUGCCCCGCGCCGACCUCAAGCCCGAACCCAAGUCCAAGCCUGACUCUAAAUCAGAAACCAAGUCCAAAUCCGAGGCGAAAGUGGAGACCACCACCAAAUCUAAACCUGAGCUUAAAGUGGAGAGCAGUAAAUGUAAGCCGGAGCCUAAAGCGGAGAGCAGUAGUGAGUGCAGCGUGUCGACGCCGCCGUCGCGGCGCCGCGCGUCGGCCGACGCGGCGGGCGCGAGCGGCGCCACGCCCGAGCGCAAGAAGCGCCGCCUCACGCGCCCGCGCAAGCUGUGAGCGAUGCCCACGGCUGCACAGAACAUUCUCGAAUCGACGGUGAGUCGGAUCAUUCUUGUUACACUACUUCCGAUCAAAUUUGGCGAGUUUACAGUUAGCUGUUCGGCUACGCAGUAGAUUUUUUUUGGACAAAAUUUUCUGUAGCCAAUAACCUACCUCAAAUUCGCCAAGUUAUCUCGGAGGUACUGUACAUUUGCGGCCCGAUGUUAUGACAAAAACGAGGACCCUGAAUUUAGCGAUUCGCCUCGCAAUAUUUGUUGUUAUUUAUUUCUCGCUAUUGAAUCCACUUUAAAUAAAAUUGACAGUGGGUUAAUGCUCGCUUUACUGCAAUACACUGUUCCAUGUGCUUAACUUAUUGACCUGUGAUGUAUUGCAUGCGGUAAAUCCAGUUAGCCUUCUUUUUAUUCUUUGGAAUUAAAAGUGUAUUAUUAUAUUCAGAUUUUGAAUUUCGUUUAUAUUUAUUUAUGCACAACUACUGUUUAGUAUCAGACAUGUACUGUCUCUCGGGGUCCGUGAAAUUGCUAAAAUGAACUGAAUAGGUAUACCUAUUCUUUUAUGGUUAUUUGCUUUGCAUGGAUAAUACAUGAAUAUGAUUACAUAUAAAGUAAGCAUAUUCAUCUGCAAUCCAAUUGAAUUGGUUCGAAAGUUGUGUGUUGAUAGAGUUAGCAUUGAAUGUUAUAUUUGGAGCGGGGUGUAGUAAACCCGCGGUUGACGCGGGCGCCUCGGUCAGGACGUUGUUGAGUAAUGAUAAAAACUUUAUGUACGUACGACGAUCCGCAGCCAGUAACCAUUAUUCUGGAGUCCAUUAUAAAAAUUGCAUUCACUCAUAGUAUGUAAAGUAAUAUUUUAUAGAUUUAUUAAAAUUUUGUAGUAUUUAAAAUUGGUUACUAUCUCAGAAUAUGAUUCAACACACUAUGCACAUAAUAUUUUUUAUUUACUGACUUAACGGAGUAUUGCUUUGAUGUUGUAAUUUUUUAAACAAUAUAUUCUCCUGGGCGAAUUGUUUGCAUGUGUAUAUUAUUGUUUAAUAAAUUGCAAGAUUGUGUUGUAGAAUUUUAUCUGAAACUUAGUUGUAAUAGUUGGAUUGAUUUACAAUUUACUGCUGAUUUGACCUUCAUUGUGGACCAUUUGUGAACAAACUAAAAAUCUACCCAAAAAUACUUGACUAUCUUUUUAAUUUAAAUAAUUGUUUCGGAACGAAUACUUUGUCAAUUUAGCAAUCGCAAACACGACUGCUGAUCAUGAUGGUGUAAUAGGUUCCAUUCUCAUAUUGGGUUUUCUCGUAUAUAUCUAUAAAUUAAGAUUUUCCCUUGAUUAAUGAGCAUAAUAUUUACGAAGUAGUCCUUAGGUACGAUGUUCCAUAAAACUUGCAAUUAGUGGUUUUGAGGUUAAUUUAUUAGGAGUGGAUAGUAUUCUACAAAUUCGCAGCUUACUUUCAAGUAGUCAAGCUUUAAUUAAUCUGCACAAAGGUGACGGUGUGUUGGGCCAGCGUGCGCUUUAUCUUAAACUCAGCGUAAUUUUUGCCUCAUGAUUCUGACAUGAAGAAUUGCACCACAAUAUUAAAGAAUCUUAUAAUAGUUUAGUAUUUUAUUUUUUUGGUUUGUUUACGCUGUUCCAUGGGUUUAGAUGCUUGCAGAUAUUGUUCAGGGCAGUAUUCAUAUACCAAAUGGCUAAAUAGAUUUCUUUAUGAUGAGAUAUGAUGUGUUAUAAAUUAUGAAACAUUUAAAUGACUUUAGUACUGGUCAAUGCUAUGUUUGUUUCUUUGAGGUGACAGUAAGAAAUUAUAAUUUGAUUAAUUUACUGUAGAAGAUAUUUAUUUAUUAGUCUAUUACACUUGCGUAACAACGUGAUUACCGACUUGAUUGUCUGGUAUAAUUACUUUUUGUGGCUUGCGAAACCAUUGGCAAAACUUGUUAUGCAUACGUACAUUUUUCAUAUUUUCCAAAACUGAAUUAAACAUGAUCGAGAACGAAAUUAUUUCAUAAUUCACCUCAAGGAUCCAAUAAACUUUCAGUUUUAAAUAAUGUUUGAGUAAAAACGGAGUUUCUACUAAAUAGAGACCACAGCAUCGCGGUAAGUGUUCGCAACACUAAAACGGUUCUGUGGUCUCUGUCUAGAGAGUUACAAUUAGUUUUAAUUUAUAGGUUUUACAGCCCUGAUAAUUUUAAUUUAGCAAAAUAGGUUUUAAAAAUGAUUGUUAAUGAAAAUGGCGGUUGAAUGUUGUGUUUAUUUGUAAAUAUUCUAAAAGUAAAAUCACAUGUGUAAUGUACAAAUGAAUAUAUUUAUGAUUGUAUAAAUAUACAACAGUGUAAAUGAAAUAUUUUUGUGACAUGGUGUACAGUUAGGUGACAAUAGAUGUGGCAUAAAGCUAUUUUCCAUACUUUGUGUUUAAGAGAUGUGCUCACGGGCUUCACACAAUUCUUGCAUCAUGUCACUUAACAAUUUACGAACAUAUCAGCCAAAUUCAUCGAGUCAUCAUCGUGCAGGUUACCCAAACGAUAAGCACCUAGUUCACUAUUGUAUUCUGUAUCAAAUACGCACAACUACUACAUAUAUUUAUAUUGAUUGACAGAUUCGUUUAUUUAAUUUGCUAUUUGUGAGUCAUUCACCUUUAAUUGCGUUUGUGGUUUUCAUGCUACAUUAUUAUGUACAUAAUAUUCUUAGUGCAUAUAGUAUAUAAAUAUUUCCGAUGUUUUUACAUACAGAAAUCACGAGUACAAAUAUUUUUCGUUAUUAUGCCACAAAGGCUUCUUUGUUUCGGUUACAAAAAUAAUAUUCCUCGUUUAUAAUACAUACUAUAUCGUUUGACUUAGUCAUUACACUAUACAAUAUAUUACUUUGAACAAGACAGAUUGUAAAAUAUUCAAUCACGAGAUGCUUUUGAGAUAAUAAUUGUAGAGAACAUAUUAUUACUUAGGUGAAACACCUAUUUGGACAAUAAGAAAUGUUAGUUACCAUUGUCUGCCACAGUAGCGAACAUGCAUUAGAAAAUAAAGCUCUUAAGAUGCUUGACAGCCACGCUACAAGUGUUUUUACCCGACUGCCAAGAAGGGUUAUAUUUUUGCGCGUUUCUUGUAUGUAUGUAACAUUUUUUAUUACCUCAUAUCUACGAAACGGCAGAAUGCAUUACGACAGGCAGGGUAUCGACGGAAUUGUUUCGAUUCCUCAAGUAUUCUUUAGACAUGACGUUCAAAAACAACAUGGCAUCUAAGUAAUUGCAGAUUGAAGUAAAACAUUUUCCUUUGUUUUCUGCAACAAUUAUAUAAUCAUUACCCAAAAUGGUAUAUGAUUAUCAAAAUAGAAAAAUAAACUAAAAUUAAAUUUUAUUUUUAAAUAAACGCCUAAAAUAGAGUGAAUAAAUUAUUAAUCAUUAAAUACCUUCACCAAGUAAACUAAAAAUAUUGCAAUCAAAAUAUUAUUUGAAAUAAAAAAUCCGCCUGUAUGAAAAAUCUUAACUCUAACUGAAAAGGUCGAAAACAAGUUGAAUAGUUGCAGUUUUGUGACUAACUUGAUAAGCAAGUGUUCCAUAGAACAGUCCCUUUUUUAAUUUUGGAAACCCAAUAUUUCACCACACUCACAGCAGAAUAUUUCCACAUAAAACAGAUCACCUUGUGAAGAAAGAAUAUUUAUUAUAACUCACUGACAUUGUUCAAAUUGUUCUACCCCCUCGGUUCAUGAGUAAAGAUUUUGCGUGCAGGGUUUUUUGUUUUCAAUAAUAUUUUCUGGGUUCAUACACUAAAGUGUAACAUAUAAACGGGAAUAGAUAAACCGCUAAUGUGUGUUCAACGUACGACGCUACUCUCGUUUGACCUCUUUGCCAUGUUAAUCUGUAUAUAGUUACAAUUUGUACAUACUAUGUAUGCUGUGUGUAGGACUGUAGAUUGUUUCACAUUCUUAGAGUUGUAAGGCAAGAUAUAGAAUAAAAAGAAGUACACAGAUUAUUUUUAAUGAGAGAACCGAAAUCUGAGUUUGUCUCACGCUGAGACUGGACUUAGCGCCUCGGCAGACGCUGCCGGCUCUAGCGGCGGUGCAAUCGUGUACAUUGUGUGUUAUAUUCAAUGGCUAUGAUAUUUCAACGAUCUAAUAACGAACUAUAAGGUAACGCUUAAACAUUCUUGGAAACUCGGUACAUAUUUAUUGGACUAUUUUCUUUUAUAAUUUAUUUAAAUGUUAAUUUUCUAUUAAAGGUGAAUGUUACAAAUGAGUUUAUUAUCAUUUAGCCAAUUAUUAGAGUACAUUGUGUACAUAAUAACAUAUUAGGUUAAGUAGUCCACAAAUGAUUUUCGAAGUGCAUGCAACGGCGACAGGCGGUCUAUAUUCAUUUGUUAGUCGCGUGGAACUGGCUCAUUUCAUGUUACAAAUGAUUAAAAUGUAAAAUAAUACUAAUUAUCUUAUAUUGUAAUAAUAAUUUCGUGUCGAGUUUAUCUUUGAAAGUGUUCCAUUAUACUUAAGUUGAAGUUUGUGAGGAAUAAAACAACUGAAAUGUAUCUGAUAGAUUAUCUGGAAGUAAAGCGUAAGAUAAAUAUACUAAUAUUGUAAACACGAUGUCAUGUAUGUGUUGUAGAGCUUAAUGAAUUUAAAUUUUAGAAUUUUACUUUAGAUGAGAAACGAUUCGAAGUGAACAUAAUUGUGCCUAAAUCAGUUAAGUACUUAAUGUCAUGAAAAAAUUGUAAAUUAUAUGUGCGGACCGAUAUAAGAAGUUACGGUCUUGUGUACAAUAUAGACAUAUAUUUUAUUCACGAUCUUUUCAAAUGACGCAAGAUCAUUACUAAAUUUUAAAACCUUUUAUGAUGUUUGAAAACAAUAAUAAGCUUUUUAUGAGGAGUAAAACGAUGUGUUCUCGCCAGUUGUGGUUUAAAUCACUGCAUUCGUUGUAAUAUGAUCUUGAAACUUUAAAAUAAAGUGAUUCCUUUUUAAGAUAAUAUGUGUGACAUAACAAUCCUACAAAUAUUUCAGACGGCAGGCAUAUAAAAGCCCACAGCUCUGAUAAAACCAUGCAAUUAUCCCAAUCUUCGUGGGAUAUAAAUACUACCUACUACUAUCGUAAUGUUUCUGCACCCUAAUCAAUGUUCUAUUUUUCUUCAUCAUUCAAUAGUGCAAUAUGUGAAUAUAUCCAUUCAAUGGUGUUAUUUUGACAAAAUGUGCAGUUUUUAUUCUUCGAAACUUUAAAUAGAUGCGAUAGGGCUGUAAAUUAAGGUAUAAAAUAACGUUGUUAGAGAAGAUAAUGAUGUCCUGCCAAGUGCACUAAAUGCAUUACAGGAGUUUUAUGUUGUGCUCUGGCAAGUGUGUACAACCAGCAAGACUGUCAAUUGCUGUAGAUAUUCUCUUUAUGAUAGUUAUAUGAUAUAGUAUUUUUAUUAGACAAAAAUACAAUAAAUGUGUGAAGUCCAA